CAACUUGAACAGUCAGCAAGAGGACACUUUUCAUCACCUUAACACCUUGCAAUACACUGCCGAAAAUGCUUUCCUAUCUCGUCACAGGAGUCAAUCGCGGUAUUGGAUGGGGGUUCCUCAAGAAAUUGUCCGAAGACGCGAAUAAUACCGUGAUUGGCAGCGUUCGUGACAAGGCUGCUGUUGAGAAGAAAAUCGCCGAUGAGCUUGGAAAUCGCCCCAACAUUCACAUUGUGGAAUUUGAGCUGGCCAACCAUGACAGCAUCAAGAAAUCUGUCCCAGAAGUUUCCAAGAUAACUGGAGGCAAACUCGACUACGUCAUUGCUAACGCAGCAUAUGUCUCGCCUGUUUCAACCUGGCUCCCAAUCGGAAAGCAAGCCGAAAACCCGGAGGAGCUUGAAGAAGACCUGUUGAAGAGUUUCAAGAUCAAUGUCGUUGGAAACGUUCACCUCUUUAGCCUCUUCUUGCCUUUGAUCCUUAAGGGAGAUGUCAAGAAAGUCAUUGCCAUCAGCUCGGGAAUGGCCGAUCAUGAGAUGGUCAACCAGUACCGCCUCGAAGUCAGCGCCCCAUACUCCAUCAGUAAGACAGGCGUGAACAUGGCCGUGAGCAAAUUCCACGCACAAUAUGCCCAAGACGGGGUCCUUUUCAUGAGCGUCUGCCCAGGAAUUGUGGACACUGGACACAAUCAGAAGUUGAGUGAGGAACAUCAGGAGUACUUCCUGAAGACCGGCGCCAUUUUCAACGCCUAUGCGCCUGGUGUAUCUUUUGCCACUCCGGAGGAAUCUGUCAAUGAUGUUCUCAAAGUCAUCUACAACUCCAGCCUUGAGAAUGGCAGAGGAGGCGAGUUUAUCUCUCAUUUGGGCACCAAAAGAUGGCUGGAGGCCGACGCAGGAAGCGUUGCACUUUGAAAGACAACUGAUCUCAUUACCUUGAGUGAUCUAUGCUCCGGGGUACUCUAGAUGUUUACCUGUUCGAAGUUUCCCGCGUAUAUACUGCAGAUUGGAAAUUGGCAAGUUGAAUGUAGAUUGACAGUUGUCGCAUGAUUUGAGCCGUUGCGAUAGUUAGAUAAUUGGUCAAAUCCAAAGCUGACUACCAUAAGCACUUAUCACCCAAAGCCUCCAAAUCAUCGAGCCUGUGAACCUUUCAAAAUCUGAU